AUGCUGACGGAGGCGCAGAUCCUCGCCGCCCGGCUCACAGCCAUCCGACCUGCGGUGACGGUCGACGUUCACUCCCUCACCGCCGACGGCCGAUCGUGGAUCCUGCACGCCCGCCGCUUUUGGCCGAGCGACAAGGAGGCCUUUGAAACUGUGUGGGCGACGCACCCGCCGACCCGGCCGAUGGGGGUGAUGUACGGGAAGCCCGUCACCUUCCAUCGCUACCAGCAAGCCUACGGGUUCGACUAUCGCUUCACUGGACAGACGGCGGCGGCUCUGCCUCUUGCGGCCGUGCCCGCGCCCAUCGCGCCGGUGAUCGAUGCGCUGCACCGGGUCGAGUCGGAUACGGAGCCGCAGAACUCGGCGCUCUUCAACUUUUACGAGGGCGGCUCGGACUACAUGGGCGCGCACUCGGACGAUGAGCGGCAUCUCCACGCCUCUGCGCCCAUCCUCUCCCUCUCAUGGUGCCAGCCGCAGGCGCACGUGCGGCGGUUCCGGCUGCUGCCGAAAGACGGCGUGCGCGACGCCGUCGUCCCGCCAGCGUGGCGCGACGCCAAGCUCAAAGGCGCGGUCGUCGUCCUCGGCGACGGCGACCUCGUCGUGAUGGGCGGCGCGUGCCAGCGCACGCACAAGCACGAGGUCAUGAAGGCGGGCAGCCGCCGCGCACUCCACGAGCUGCAGGGGCGGCGCAUCAACCUCACUCGGCGCGGGGCGCUAGCAGCGCCGGCGCAAAGCGCAGGCUUUCGCACGAUACGCUCGGUCGACCUCCCAUCGGCCCGCUAG